UUUGAAGAUGGUUGAUCAGUUUAUAGUGGGAGGAGUUAUAGCCUCUCUUCUGGGCUUUUUCCUGAUGUACCAAAUAAGAAGAAAAAAGAUGAAUGGAGCUUCUUCAAUGGGGGUUGAAGAGAAUGAAUGUUUGAAGAGCACUCAGAAUGAAAUGUCAUGUGGAUCAGAGAUAGCUACAAGUGCAGAUAUAAUCAUUGUUGGAGCAGGCGUUGCUGGUUCAGCCCUUGCAUACACUCUUGGCAAGGAAGGACGUAGAGUGCGUGUUAUUGAAAGAGAUUUGUCUGAGCCUGACAGAAUCGUUGGUGAACUGCUGCAACCUGGAGGCUACCUCAAGUUGAUUGAGUUGGGUCUUGAUGAUUGCGUGACAGAGAUUGAUUCUCAGCAAGUGUUUGGAUAUGCUCUUUACAAGGAUGGAAAGAAUACGAAAUUGUCUUAUCCAUUGGAAGGUUUUCGUUCCGAUGUGUCCGGUAGAGGCUUCCAUUAUGGACGAUUCAUUCAAAAGAUGCGAGAGAAAGCUGCUUCCCUUCCCAAUGUAAGUUUGGAACAAGGCACUGUAACAUCUUUACUUGAAGAAAAAGGAACUAUAAAGGGCGUGCAUUAUAAAACCAACGAAGGCCAAGAGCAGACAGCAAAUGCUCCCCUCACGAUUGUAUGUGAUGGUUGUUUUUCAAAUUUGCGACGCUCCCUCUGUAACCCAAAGGUUGAUAUUCCUUCUUGCUUUGUUGGCCUGAUCCUGGAGAAUUGUGAUCUUCCAUAUCUCAAUCAUGGGCAUGUUAUAUUGGCUGAUCCUUCACCUAUCUUGUUUUAUCCUAUCAGUAGCAGUGAAAUCCGCUGUUUAGUGGAUGUGCCUGGCCAAAAGGUCCCUUCAAUUCCCAAUGGCGAAAUGGCACACUAUUUGAAGACUGUGGUGGCUCCUCAGAUUCCCCCAGAGCUGUACAGUGCUUUCAUAUCUGCAAUUGACAAAGGAAACAUAAGAACAAUGCAUAACAGAAGCAUGCCUGCCUCUCCAUAUCCAACUCCUGGAGCACUUUUGAUGGGGGAUGCAUUCAACAUGCGGCACCCUUUAACUGGUGGAGGAAUGACUGUGGCUUUAUCUGAUGUUGCUGUUCUUAGAGAUCUUCUUAGACCAUUACAUGAUCUCCAUGAUGCUUCUGCUCUCUGCAGAUACCUCGAAUCCUUCUACACCCUGCGGAAGCCUGUGGCAUCAACAAUAAAUACAUUAGCCGGUGCCUUGUACAAGGUGUUCUGUGCAUCUCCUGACCCGGCUAGGAAAGAAAUGCGCCAGGCAUGCUUCGACUAUUUGAGCCUCGGAGGUGUAUUUUCAAAUGGUCCCAUAGCUCUCCUUUCUGGCUUGAACCCUCGCCCUUUGAGUUUGGUUUUUCAUUUCUUUGCUGUAGCUGUCUUUGGCGUUGGACGCUUGUUACUUCCAUUUCCUUCUCCAAAACGUUUUUGGAUUGGUGCUAAAUUGAUUUCGGGCGCAUCAGGCAUCAUUUUUCCCAUACUCAGAGCUGAAGGAGUCAGACAGGUUUUUUUCCCGGUGACCGUCCCAGCUUACCAUAGGGCUCCUCCCAUUAACUGAGGUAGACAAAGCUGGAAACAAGAUAAAUUUCCAAGAAAAAAAAUUGAAACAGGGUAAUCUCUAGAUAAUGGAGUUCCUGUAAGGUUGGGAUCCAUCAUCAAUGUAAUUGCUAUAGGAGAGGAAAAUUAGCAUCUGUAAUGUGCCCAAUACUGUGCAACAAAAAGUUCCUUUGAAUUUGAAUUUUUUUUUAACAUUAUAUGCUAUUGGAAGAAGCAUUACUAUAUUACUAUUCAAAUCUAAGAUUUUUA